AUGGAGCGGCACUUUGCAAUAAAAGUACAAUCGUAUGGAGAUGAGACACGAGCCGGAAAACAUUUGAACAGUGCCAAUAAAUCAGGCGAACUACAAGAGAUUCGAUCGCUUCGAAGUUCCAACGUAGGUCGCAGCAAAAACGCGUGCGACGCGCAAUUUUGGAAUGGUGUCGGCGCCGCGGGGUCGCCGCGCGACCCACUCGCUCGCCCGCGGUCCUGCGCGGGGCUCGGAGAGAACCAUUUUGGAGGAAAUAAGUUUCUCACAAAAUUUCAUCGUGCACAAUACUUAAGC